AAUGGCCAAUUUAGAUGCUGAUUCACUUUACAGCAUUAAAGCUAUAUUAAUUUUGGAUCAAGAUGGAAAACGUAUUUUGGGCAAAUAUUAUGACAAACAAAUACUUGCCACAGAAAAGGAGCAAUCUGCAUUUGAAAAAAAUCUUUUUCAAAAAACACACAAGGCUAACGCAGAAAUAAUUCUUUUUGACGGCUUUAUUUGUGUUUAUCGUUCAAACGUCGAUUUAUUUUUUUAUGUUAUUGGAAGUUGUAAUGAAAAUGAAUUAAUUUUGCAAAGCGUUUUAAAUUGUUUCUACGAGGCUUUCUCUAUUGUUUUACGCAAGAAUGUUGAGAAGAAGGUGCUUUUUGAUCAUAUCGACUUGGCUUUUCUUGUCUUGGAUGAAAUUUGUGAUGACGGAGUAAUUCUAGAGACGGAUGCUCAAGCUGUAGUUGCCCGUUGUGCUUUUAAACCUGACGAAAUUGGUUUUGGAGAGCAAACAAUCUCCCAAGUUGGAAUGUCUCUUUUGGGGUCUGCAAAGGAUCAAUUUAAAUGGUCGUUGCUUAAAUGA